AUGGAGGAGCAGCCCCCCCACCACCCGCACCACCACCACCACCCGCACCACCACCAUCACCACCACCCGCACCACCGCCACUUCUGCUACUACCCGCAGAGCGCCUUCCUGCCGCCGCCCGACGGCCGGGCCCAGCCCAAAGCGACGCUCCGCCACCCGGAGGGACCCAAGCGGAGAACAGGCUAUGGAGAGCUGAAUGGUAACGCAGGGGACAGAGAGGUGUCACUGAAGGCUCUGUGCUCGGAGGAGACCACCAGCCCCACGUCCAGGGUGCCCAAUGGCAGCCAGCAGCUCGCAGACACGAAUGUGACCCCGAAGCCACCUGCGAAGGGCAGCUCCCUGGGGAAGGCCACGAUCAAACCCAAGAACUUUGUUCAGAAAAAUAGCAUGGACAAAAAGAAUGAGAAGCCCUACGACAACAAACUCAGAGAAGGUCAGCCUGCAGACAAACAGGACGGGGGGUCCGUUCCCAACGGCGUGGUGAGCGGCGGUGCCGGCUACAUCACCAAUGGCUACGUGGGCAAAGGGGCCGACAACGAUGGGAGCGGCUCCGAGAGCGGCUACACCACCCCAAAGAAACGGAAGGGCCGGCGCAACAGCGCCAAGGGCUGCGAGAGCUUGAACCUGAUGCAGGACAAAGUCAUGCAACAGGAGGUCGGCACGCCGGCACUGAAACAGGAACUGGAGAGUUUCAAGCCCGAUUAUAGCGAGCAAAAAGGGAACCGAAUUGAAAAUACGAAGCCUGUUUGGAAAUACGAGGCGGGGGGCGGCGGGGCGGGCCGGGGGAAGCCUGGGCUCGGUGAUGUGCAGAGGAAAAAUUCGGAUGCCAAACCUGGGAUUAGCGGCAAGAAGUUUGAUGACCGGCCCAAAGGGAAGCAUGCUUCGUCGGCUGCGUCUAAGGAGGACUCGUGGACCUUAUUUAAACCACCCCCGGUUUUUCCGGUGGACAAUAGCAGUGCUAAAAUCGUUCCCAAAAUUAGUUAUGCAAGCAAAGUUAAGGAAAACCUCAACAAAGCAGCUCAGACCCCAUCUGCAUCUUCAUCAUCGUCGUCUUCGUCAUCUGCCGGAGAAGCUCAGCCCCCGCCGUCCAGCCGGCUGUCCCAGGUCCCCAUGUCUGCUAUGAAGUCUGUCACUUCUGCCAGCUUUUCCAACGGGCCCCUCCUGGCCGGGACGGAUGGCACUGCGUACCCCCCGGGCGCUCAGCCCCUGCUCGCCUCCGCUGCUGCUGCUGCUGCUGUCCCCCCCACCCCCACUGAUGCGGUGCCCCCGGACGUCGGCGCAGCCCCGGCGGCUGUGGAGCAGAAGAAAUCCAACCUUUUUAUCUACCCUUCCAAUAUGCAAACCGUGCUGCUGGGCACGGCUCAAGUCGAUUUCCCGUCGCAGACGAAUCAGCAGAACCUGGGAGACAUCUUCCAGAACCAGUGGGGUUUGUCGUUCAUCAACGAGCCCAGCGCCGGCCCCGAGACCGCGGCGGGGAAAUCUGCCGAUGGCCAGCUGAUGGAAGUGACGUUUCAGGGGGAAUAUCCCGCCGCCUUGGUUUCGCAGUGUGCUGAGGUCGUUCCCUCUGGAGCCGAGCAGCCCGCGUUCCCCAAGGCGUACGAGCUGGACAAACGGACUAACCCAUCCCCAGCGCUCAGCGCCGCCCCGAAGCCUGGGACUGCUGGGGAGGGCGGCGCUGCAGCCCUGGAGUCGCAUCACACCGGCGAGCUGCAAAAGGCAGACGCCGGCAGCCAAGGUGCUUUAGUGUUUCUUUCAAAAGACUAUGAAGUAGAGAACCCUCUGGCCUCUCCCACGAACAAUUUGUUAAGCUCCGCCAAAGAACAGGGGUACCAGAGAGGCCUAGAAAGGAAAGAUAGCUGGGGUUCUUUUGACCUGAGUGCUGCUGUUAAAUAUCACACUAAAGAAAUGGAAGCGGUUUGGAAUUUGCAGAAGCAAGAUCCCAAAAGGAUAAUCACCUACGACGAAGCCAUGGAUCACCCGGAUCAAUGAAGGUAGCAAGACAAGACUGCCUGUUAUAACCUUUCUGCAGCAUUUGUGCUGUCCGUGGGGGACAAAAGGCUUUUAUGCUCCUUCUAAAUCUUCAGUGCAGCAGAGGAACCGUAAUUAGAAUCACAGGAUAAUAUAUACAAAUAUAUAAUAUAGUUAUUUAAAAAUGGCGACUGAAAGUAAUUAGACUUCUUAAGGAAUCGGAAAAUUUUAUUUCAACGAGUCUACACACGUGAUUAUUUAAUCUCUGGUACCGAAUAGAAUUUUUUGGGUUUUUUUUUUUUGUUUUUCCUCGUUAUUUUCGUUUUGUUUUCUGUUCCAAGAGUGAAAUGCAAGCGAUGAAUGAACACAGGCUCCAUUUGCAAACCCGGUUCUAAAGCUCCCGCUGUCGUCUGCGUGGCAGCAGCGACCCGCAGGAGAGGCAUUUCCACUUGACGAGCUCUGUGUCUCUUGUUGUGUGACUGUAACGACACACUAACCGCAGGAAUCAGGAUGAUCCGCCAUCCUUCAUCUCCCCUUCCCCUUUCUGUUGGGUUUUUUUGUUGUUUUCUCUCUUUUCCUCGUUUCGUUUUCCAUUGAACGCUGAAGAAACACUCGAAAUUUGCAGACUUUUCUUUCUUUCUUGUUUUGGUGGUGUUUUUUUUUAUUUUCCCCAGCGAUUUCUAAAGGCACGUUUUGCCAGGAGUAAAAGCAGCCAGCCCUGGUGUGGGGGAAUUGUCUUAAAGCAGCAUUCUUUUGGGGGGAGAAAACGGUCACACUGCAGUUCUGGGAUGCAUGGUGAAGUCACAGCGCUGACCUGGCUCCGGUCACAACGUCGGACUGUUUGCAACCGAAGAGUUGUUCUGUUUUAAAAGACAACAUUGAAAACUGAGUCAUUGGGUUUAGGCAUUUACUAUGGUUAAAAAAAAAAAAAUAGUAAAAAAAACAACCUGAUAAACACCGCUGUUCCCAUUGCUUAACGCCAUUGUGUCACUGGGAG